AUGACGAAAGAAGACAAUCAGAAGGAGAACCAAAAAGAAAGCAAUUCAAAAAUUGGAGACAAGGAUAAGUCAUCAAAAAAUAUCGAAUGCGAUGAGGCCAAUUCGGAAGCGUCGAAGGUUCCAAUCACCGUUGAUCCGGAGGAUGCCAAGUUUUCCAACGCCGGCGGCAAAUCGGAACACAUGGUCGUCAACUUCACCACCAAACGGAUGGCUCUGAAAAUUCGUUGCGGAAAUGCUUUGUUCCGUGUUGAGCCAACUCAUAUGAUCAUUGAACCGAACAAGUGCCGCCAGUUGACAAUCAAUCGAAUGCCUGGACCGAUUCAAACUGAUAAGGCCAUCGUUCAAUAUAUUGAGAUCGAAAAGGAUGCCCAGGACGCUAAAGCUGCAUUCAAAGCAGCCGAUGCCGCUGGUACCAAGAUUGCUCAUAUCAAGAUCAAGUUGGUGGCAGCAGCGUCUGGUGGUCGGAAAAUGUCUCGAGAAGUGUUGGACGAGUGA